CCUCCUGCCCCUGCUACAGUAUGUCUCUUUUGCAGCCAAAGUAGCUUGCUAAAACGAUCCACCGCAGUGCCUGGGACAGAUUGAGUCAAAAGAGAGAGUGAGGGAUUUAAAGGAUGGGUAAGGGGGCUUAAGGGUAAACACACAGAGAAGGGAGAGGGAUCGAAGGGGGGAGAGAGAGAGAGGAGAAAGAGGGAGAGACCAAAAUCUACCAAGCCUCCCUGGUGUGAGGUUCCUUGGUUCCUGACGUGUGCGCACGACUCUCGUGGCACGAUGAGUUCGUGCAGCAGCCGUGCAUUGACCAUCCUGUCCACGGUGUUUGGAGCGUGCGGACUGCUGCUGGUGGGAGUGGCCGUGUCCACAGACUACUGGCUUAUAAUGGUGGAGGGAAUCAUCCUGCAGCAGAACCAGAGCAUGGAGGUGAAGAUGGCGCUGCACUCGGGCCUCUGGAGAGUUUGCUUUGUGGCCGGUUCGGAAAACGGGAGAUGCGUUGCGUCAGAGUACUUCACUGAACCCGAAAUAGAGAUCACCACCGAAAACACUGCAAACAUACUGAAGAUGGUGCGCACCGCCACACCCUUCCCGAUGGUGUCCCUGCUCUUUGUGUUCACAGCCUUCGUCAUCAGUAAUAUCGGUCACAUCCGGCCUCAGCGCACCAUCCUGGCCUUUGUGUCCGGCAUCUUCUUCAUCCUCUCAGGCCUCAGUCUCGUAGUGGGCCUGGUGCUCUACAUCUCCAGUAUUAAUGACGAAGUGAUGAACCGGCCCAGGGAGCCCGAGCAGUUCUUCAAUUACUACUACGGCUGGUCCUUCGCCUUCGCUGCCUCUUCCUUCUUACUCAAAGAGGGGGCCGGUGUGCUGUCAGUCUAUCUUUUCAUGAAGCGCUAUGCAGAGGAAGAGAUGUAUCGCCCCCACCCUGCACUCUACCGCCCCCGCCUGUCCGAGAGCAGCGACUAUAGCGGCCAGUAUCUCCACCCGGAGUCCAACUGGCCUCCGCCAAAGAGAGGCCGCAGCACCUCCGACGCCUCCAGCGACAUCUCCAUCCAGCUCAACCAGGCGCCUCCAGCACCGUCAAAAGGCAGCCUCCAAGCGGGCGGCCAGGGAAGUCCGCCCUCUGGUUCUUCUUCUGCAGGGAGCUACCAAAUGCCCCAGCAGUCUGGCGGCUACCCGUCCACACACACCCUGCCCAGGUCGCACUCCUCACACCCCCAAGGGCAAGCUCUUCCAAUGGCCAUGCCUCCAUCACCAGUGCCUCCUCCUCACUACCACACACACAUGCACAUGAGCGCAUCCCCCUGUUAGGAGCAGAGCGCUCUGAGAAGGGAGGAGAGACAAGGACUCUUCAUAAUCAUACUGUACAUUUAGAUGUGGAUGAGAGUAAACUCUGCGCUUGGAUCACAGAUCAUGAGAGAUGAAGUGAGGACGGAGAGGUGAUCAAACAUUAAAAAAAUGUAGCUUUGGAGCUUUGGAGCGAAUCGAGGACGAAGGGGAUGCUGCGGAAUCGCAGAGAUCUGAGAGAACGCGUGAUGGACUGAGAGAAACAAACGCAAGAAAGUAGGGGAGAAGAACAUGAGAAAUUCAGCCUGUCACGAUAGAAAUUGGAGAAAAGUGUUUCCUGGAAAGACUUUAGAGGUUAGUUUGAGUGGCAGAGGAAAUACGGGAGAGGGAGAGGGAGGCAGGGAGAGAGAGAGGCUGCGGUAUAAUACAAAGAUACUGCAGUGCUGCGGGAAAUUUGUAUGCACUUGGAAAUGAACAAUGCAAAACACUGAUCACAAAGACUGAGAAUGCACAUAGUUUUUUACAUGCAUAAUUCAUGCAAGUACGUGAACUAAGUACCUUUUUACCACAUGGUAAAUGUGGUUAAAUAUAUUCCUGUCUUCUCUGAAUUUAUUACAUCAUCGAUACAGUUUCAAAACUCACAAUGUCAAAAUAGAAUUAUCAGUAUUAUUGAUGAACAAUAUUAGUUACCUAUGAAGUCAUUCUGAAAUGAGAACACUGUAUAUGAAUGUUGUUAAACUUUAUAUAGAAAAUUACACGCAGACGUGGACGACGUGGUGAAAUGAGGAGAAAUGUUUUACAUAUUUGUUUAAGAUACAGAUUUCUAACUUCUUGUACAUAAUUGCACACAAGGAACUAUGUUGUGAAUUGUGAAUGAAGCUUUGGCACGUCAAGAAAAGGUCUGACUCAUUCUGCUCCGGAUGAAGACUCCGCAACAGGCGCUGCACAACCAACUGAACACCAUCUGGAUGCAGUGCAUGCCGGUUUGGAGGAGGAACCACCCAUCGCUGAUACGGGGGUCGGAUGCCCUCUACUGGUCACUGUCCUGCACUGACCCCAGACCAGCCGCGUGGGCCUGGUUCACUCCUCUUUCCAAUGACCCGCACUGCCGAUAUUUGAUCCAGCACACGUGCUUGAAGCUGUUGUCCAUAACUUAUGAUGGAAUGUGGUAAGCAACAAGAUCUGUUAUUCUGACCCUGCAUAUUAACAUUCGGUGACAUUAACAUUCAAAGGUUGGUUGGAAAUGUUCUGUUCUUAUCUGUUGCUGGAAAAACUCACAUGAUAGCGGUAUGAAUUACAUUUGGACUUUCUGCUCACUGUUUGGGACAUGCAGGUUGUUUGUCACUUGCCAUUAGAAGAAAAACACAGUAUUACUUCCAACAUAUUUAAUGGGCGUAAAUUGGUGACCGUGCACCAUAGACCCUUUUCAGGGCAAACAUUUUGUCACGGCAGGAGGAGGACAGGUGUAUUAAUCAGUGUUCCAGUCAGCUGUGAUGGUGCAUUAGUACUGUGUAUUAGUACACUUGCCCUGUCCCUCCUUUGACAAAUCUAUACGUAUGCUAUGAAAAAAAUCUGUUAGCAUAGCGCCUGAAAAAUGAUGCUAUCAUCUUUAUUAUAUUUAGAAAGAAAUGUAAUACUGAGCUCUCUCAAAGUGUUUAGAGAUGCAAACAAAAGAUUACUUUAGUUGUUGAUUAAUCCAUCAAUUAUUUUUCUUGAGCCACGAUAUCUGGAAAGUGCCAGAAAAUAAUGACAGAGCUUCCAGCGCAGUACAAAACCCCCUAACCAUUCAGUUUGCUAUCAGACAGUGAGCAUGAAACCCUCAGAAGCCUUUUAGAAGCUUGGACCAGAGAAUGAUCGGCAAAAUGGUUUCAGUAAUGACUAAAAAGAUUUAUAGAUUAUGCAAAGAACUGGCCAUUGGUAGUUGUUUCAGAUAGUCGACCAAACUUUCUGAUUAAAUGUAUAUAUGGUGACAACUUUGAACUUUGUUAAAAAAUUCAGUGUAACUUUUUCAGAUACUUCCGAAGCGUAAUCAUCUCAUCAGGUUGUUCUUAAACGCUGCAAAGUAUGAGAAAAUGGAACAAGAGAAGACAGACCUGCGCAUAAAAAUAGCUAUAUUUGAAUUUAGAGUUGUUGUAUUUGUUGUUCGUUUUAAUGCACAUCCUUCAUAAGGGUAUGUCCAUGUGACAUAUCUCUGUAAUGAGCAUUAAAGCACUGAGUCAUUGCACACCGGCUGGUUUUAAUUAUCACUGUGAUGCCAGAGAGGGAAACACACUCAUGUCCUCCAGAGAAAGUGUGGGAUGGAUAUAAACUAAGAUCACUUCGAUAUCAUCAUAUUUUUAAGAUUCAAAUUGGGAUGAAGCCCAGUGUAACUGCAGCCCUCUGUACGUGAUUGUGCUGUUACAGCUACAGGGGCUAAAGUGCCUUGCUAAGGAGCACUAGGACAGUAGCAGUGGAAAAUUUGAGUAUUUUCCUUUGUAGAUUUCUCCAGCCAGUGGGCACCUGGACCAUGGGUUCAGUAAUAAUCUGACUUCCCUUAAAUUGCAACGUUUCUGUACGUUUUUCGUCUCUGUACCUCUUUGUCUUUCCCUCUCUACCCCCAGGAUUUGUCCCUGUCUCUAGGUAAUUAUAUAAAAGCGUGCAGCAGUGCUUGUUUAUGCUUUAAGCCCAGUUUUCUUGCACAUGACCAUUUUUGUAAACGCAGAAAUGGCUAAAAUAAAUGCUUUUUUCGAUGCUACGACGAGACUGAUGCUGCAUAAUCUGGAUUAUAUAAUUCAGUGCAAAUUGUGAUAAAAUCACUGUUCUGUUCUGAUCUCACUUCUUCCAGUGUACAUUAAUAAAAGUUUUAACUUGG